AUGGGUCUCACCAUUGUCAAGUUUAAUGAUGAGGCUACUAGAGAUUUUGUAUUGCAGAAUGGCAUUGGGCAGUUUGAUCGGAAACUAGUCAUAGUGAGACCAUGGACUCAAGAUCUAGACACUAUCAGGUUAGUUCGCUCUGUUCCUCUGUGGAUUCGGCUUCCAAAUUUAGGUCUGCAAUAUUGGGGGAAAAAAUGUCUCAGUGCCUUGGUCAGUACAAUUGGGAAACCUAUUAUGGUGGAUAAGUUCACAAAUGAUAGGUCUAUGAUCAGAUUUGCAAGAGUACUUGUUGAAAUGGAGAUUACUGAUGAUCCUCCGUUUAUCAUUCAUUUUGUCAAUGAGUUAGCUGAGUGCAAGAAAUCUGAUACUAAGGUUUGGGUUGCCAAGGAUAAGACAGAUAAGGCAUUUACUAGGUCUGCUUCUGGUGAUGUUGAAGCCGAGAAUAAUACAGAAGAAAAAUAUGCUGUUAAUGAGGCUCCUAAGGUUGAGAUAUCUCAGCAGGUUGCAACUGGGUUAGGAAGUGAUGAGACUACUGAAACUCAGAGUAGUUUACAGGUCCAGCAGGUGACACGAAAUCAAGCCAAUAAAGAAAACUGGGAGGUCCCUAAGAAGGUUGGGAAUUCUAAGAGCAGAGGCAAGUCUGUGAACUCUCAUGUAGGCAGCAAACAGAAUGUGUUCAAGGUGCUUCAAGAACAGGAAACGGGGGAAAAAUCUGAGUUUUUACUUGGCUCAAAAGCUGAUGGAUUGCUCAAAUGUAUUGGUGCUUUGUUAGAGAAUAAAUUGAAGAUGGAUAAGACUAAUGAUAUGAUGUCCAAAGUGUUUUUUGGCUGGGAUCACUAUAAUAGUUCAGUUGUUGAGGGCAGGAUAUUGGUUAUAUGGAGGAAAAUUUUUGUUAAGGUUCAGGUGUUAAUGGAACACAAGCAAUUCCUUCACUGUUUGGUUACUUUUUCUAGCUUACAGCUGGAAAUAGUUAUCUCUUUUGUUUAUGGAUUUAACAGUAUGAUUGAGAGGUUGGAAAUGUGGAGGGGUUUAUCUUCGAUUCAGGUUUUGAAUAAGCCUUGGCUGGUGGUGGGAGAUUUUAAUGCAAUGUUUAACUAUGAUGACAGAUCUGGAGGUAAGAUGGUUAAUGCCAAUGAGAUUCUGGACUCUACAGCUUGGCUAGCUUUUUCAUAG